AUGGCAACUACCAUUUCCCACGGCGAGAAAAACUCUGGUUUCCAGGCAGGCGUAAUAAACGGCAAUAUCGGGAACAUCACGAUUGUACAAUCCGAAACGCUGAACCAAGAAUGCCUUCGUGAUUUGCGUACGACCGAUCCCCUUGAUGACAAAGAACGUAUUAAGAAUUCUAAGGGUGGGCUCCUCAAAGACGCAUACCGUUGGAUUCUAGACAACAAAGAAUUCAGACAAUGGCAAGACGGUCAGAAAGAUCGUCUCCUCUGGAUCAGGGGUGAUCCUGGUAAAGGCAAGACGAUGCUCCUAUGUGGUGUCACUGAGGAGUUGACCAGAUUAUAUGGGGAUAAUGCGAACAUAUUGUUCUUCUUCUGUCAGGCUACCGACCCACGAAUCAAUAGCGCUACGUCUGUGCUGAGGGGUUUGAUAUAUUCACUUGUCAAAAAGCAUCCAUCCCUUCUCCCCUAUGUGCGAGCCCGGUAUGAUCAUGCUGGAAAGGCUCUCUUUGAGGAUGUUAAUGCAUGGAAUGUACUGUCGACGAUCUUCAAGGAUAUGCUAAAAGACCCGACCUUACAAAUGACUUAUCUGAUGAUCGAUGCUCUAGAUGAGUGCAUAAAUGGGCUUGAUUCCCUUCUGGACUUAAUUAUCCAGGAGUCAUCAGCCAAUCUACAAAUAAAGUGGGUUGUGUCCAGCCGUAACUGGCCUGAAAUCACUGAGCGACUUCAUAUUGUAACUCAGCUAGCUCCGGUCUCAUUAGAGCUGAACGAGGUGUCUGUGUCCGAAGCAGUGAACCAGUUUAUUCAGCAUAAAGUCCAAGAAUUAGCGAAAGCUAAGAAGUACAGCAAUAAAACUCGUGAUGCUGUUCAACGCUAUCUGUUAUCAAACUCACAAGGUACCUUCCUAUGGGUAGCCUUGGUGUGUCAGAACCUUGAAAAGAUACGAAUAAAUGUGCUCAAGAAACUAGAGUCAUUUCCUCCUGGGUUGAAUACUCUAUAUAGACGAAUGAUUGACCAGGUUCGCGAAUCAGAAGAUGCUGAGCUCUGCAAGGAGAUAUUGGCAAUUAUGUCGACGGUCUUUCGGCCUAUCACGCUACACGAACUGACUUCACUCAUCGAACUACCGGGUGAUGGCGACGAUGACCACAUUCCCCUUGAGGAGAUUAUUGCGAUCUGUGGAUCAUUUCUAACGCUACGGGAACACACCGUCGUGUUCGUCCAUCAAUCCGCAAAGGAAUUCUUACUCAAGGAAGCACUCAGUGAGAUACUUCCUGGAGGUAUAGAAGCACAACACAACAUGAUAUGUGCACGAUCUCUCGACGUUAUUUUCAAGACACUUCAACGUGAUCUGUUCAAGAUCAAAUUACCUGGACUCCCCGCGAAGGAUAUCUGCAAACCUAGCCCAAAUCCACUAGCAGCGGCAGAAUACGCGUGUGUCUUUUGGGUAGACCAUCUUCAAGGGAGUAAGCGGAAUAAAUCAUAUGACCUUGGCCUCAAUGAUAGAGGUCCCGUGGACGUAUUUUUACAGCAGAAAUACCUUCACUGGCUCGAGGCCCUUAGUGUAUUAGGGAGCGUUUCAAAUGGUAUCCGAGCGAUGCAAAAGCUCGAGGUGUUGGUUCAGAGCGUGUCCACUCUUGAGGGGCAUAGUGUGGAGGUCUUUUGUAUUACCUGGUCGCCAGAUGGAAGGCAACUGACAUCAGUGUCCUGGGAUACAACAGUCAAGGUCUGGGAUAUAGCUACUAGCCAGAGUAUGUCUACUCUCGAGGGGCCUACUGAUAUGAUCUUCUCGAUUGUCUGGUCGCCAGAUAGAAGAUAUAUUGCAUCAUCGUCCAAUGAUAGGAUAGUCAUAAUUUGGGAUCCAGCCACUGGCCAGAGGGUGUCUACUCUAAAGGGGCAUAGUAAUUGGGUUAACUCUAUUGCCUGGUCACCAGAUGGAAGCCUACUCGCAUCAGCAUCCAGUGAUAGGACAGUCAGGGUCUGGGAUCCGGCCACCAGCCAGAGUUUGUCUACUCUUAGGGGGCAUAGUGAUUCGGUCAACUUGAUUGCCUGGUCACCCGAUGGAACACGACUCGCAUCAGCGUCUAAUGAUAACACAGUCGGAAUUUGGGAUCCGGCUACUGGUCAAAGCAUGUCCUCUCUCAGGGGGCAUAGUGAUUCGGUCAACUUGAUUGCCUGGUCACCCGAUGGAACACGACUCGCAUCAGCGUCUAAUGAUAACACAGUCGGAAUUUGGGAUCCGGCUACUGGUCAAAGCAUGUCCUCUCUCAGGGGGCAUAGUGAUUCGGUCAACUCGAUUGCCUGGUCGCCAGAUGGGAGGCGUCUUGCAUCAGCGUCUGAUGAUGGGAUUGUGAAGAUCUGGGAUCCAGCCACUGGCCAGAGUGCAUCCACUCUUGAUGGACAUAGUGCGAAGGUCUUCUCAAUUGCUUGGUCUCCAGAUGGUCGUCUACUCGCAUCAGCAUCUGGUGAUAUGACAGUCAGGGUCUGGGAUCCAGUCACCAGCCAGAGUGUGUCCACUCGUGAGGGGCCUAGUCAUGGGAUUAAGUUGAUUGCCUGGUCACCCGAUGGAACACAGCUUGCAUCAACUUCUAAUGAUAACACAGUCAGGAUCUGGGAUCCGGCUAAUGGCAAAGGUACAUUAACUCUUGAGGGGCAUAGUUGUGGCAUUAACUCCAUUGCCUGGUCACCAGAUGGAGCACGACUCGCAUCAACGUCUAAUGAUAACACUGUCAGAAUCUGGGAUCCUGCCACUGCUCAGAGCGUGUCCACUCUUGAGGGACAUAGUGCAGAGGUAUUCCAGAUUGUCUGGUCGCCAGAUGGAACACAACUUGCAUCAACUUCUAAUGAUAACACAGUCAGGAUCUGGGAUCCAGCCACUGGCCAGAGUAUAUCUACUCUUAAGGUGGAUAGUUAUUAUAUCAGCUCGAUUGCCUGGUCACCAGAUGGAAGCCUACUCGCAACAGCGUCUGUUUAUAUGACAGUCCAGGUCUGGGAUCCUGUCACCAACCUGAGUGUGUCUACUCGUGAUGGGCAUAGUCUUGGCAUUACCUCCAUUGCCUGGUCGCCCGAUGGAAUACGACUUGCAUCGGCAUCUAAUGAUUACACAGUCGGGAUCUGGGAUUCGACUACUGGCCAGAGCAUAUUAAAUCUUGAGGGGCAUAGUCGUGCCAUUAAAGCCAUUGCCUGGUCACCAGAUGGAACACGACUCGCAUCAGCGUCUCAUGAUAACACUGUCAGAAUCUGGGAUCCAGCCACUGGCCAGAGCAUGUCAACUCUCUAUAUUACUUCCCGUGGCUUCCUCGACUUCGAUAAAUUUAAUCCCAACCAUCUUCACACGAGUCUGGACAAUAUGGAUAUGGUUUGA